AUGAUAUCUGACUUAACUUUUAGACAAUACAAAUCAAAUAAAUAUCAACUAUCACCAUCACCAGCACCACAAACACCAAGUGUAACCAUAAACCCAGAUAGUUACCAAAGAAAAAAAAUUACAAUUAGUACACUAAACUUUUCAAAACCAAGUGGGGGUUUGAUUAUUUAA